AAGAAAUGUUUGUGUACAUGUGAUCCUCCAUGUGACAGGAAAUUAAUGUAGAAAUAAAGUAACGCUUCAUUUAUUUAUUUGUUUAUUAAUGCGACACGGCAAAAGCAUUGUCAUGGUUCGCGAGGGAAUUUGAUCUCCAAUAAACUACUGUACAACUAAACGUCAGGUCUCUUUGUUUAUGACUAGCGACUGUAAGAUUUACCUACAUGAUGUUUAAGACGCUGUCAUAUGCUGUCUCAGACUUUGAACCCAAAGCCCAUCCAAUAUACUCCUCUAAAAGCCUGAAAUAAGCAAAAAAGUAAGAUUUGACAGCCAGAAGAACUCUUGAUACACUUUCACAAUGCCACCCAUGAAGAACAACAAUGUAAAAAGUUGUGCUUUUCCUCAAGACCAAAGCUAGACUGGAGGUUUGUGCAAAGGUUCUGCAGAAUUCUGAAGAUCCUUUUCCCAUCCUGGUCCAACCAAAGUGUCCGCAUGUUCAUGACGCUUCUUGGAGUCACGCUUUCAGUUCAACUCGUGAUUUAUCAAGUGGGUCUUAUUCCAAGUCAGUUCUAUGAGGUUCUGUCUGAGAAGAAUUAUGGGAAGUUCAAAAAUCUGGUGCUGUCUGCGGUUAUGCUCAUUCUGAUUAAUUCAACGCUGAAAAGCCUGGACCAGUACAUUUCCAGUCUGCUGUAUGUCAGCUGGAGAAAGUCUUUGACUGAAGAACUCCAUAACACAUACUUCAAGGGACGUGUUUACUACACCCUCAACGUACUGUGCAAAGACAUCGACAACCCAGACCAGCGCAUCAGUCAGGAUGUAGAAAGGUUAUGUAAGCAGAUGAGCACUAUGGCGAGUCGACUUCUCAUUUCGCCAUUCACAGUGACCUACUACACCUAUCAGUGCUUCAACAGUGCCGGCUGGAUUGGAUUUGUAAGCAUCUUCGGCUACUUUGUGGUUGGAACCAUCAUCAACAAGAUCUUGAUAGGACCCAUUGUGUCCAUGCUCGUUGAGCAAGAAAAGUUGGAAGGAGAUUUUAGGUUUAAACACAUGCAAAUUAGAGUGAAUGCAGAAUCUGCCGCUUUCUACAGGGCAGGUAAGGUGGAACACAUGCGGACAGACCGAAGGCUGCAGAUGCUCUUAUCCACUCAGAAAAGCUUGAUGAACAAAGAGCUCUGGCUUUACAUUGGAGUGAACACCUUUGACUAUAUGGGCAGUAUCCUAAGCUACAUAGUGAUCGCGAUCCCCAUCUUUGCUGGAGAGUACGACGGCCUGACACCUGGAGAACUGAGUGCUCUUGUCAGUAAGAACGCUUUUGUCUGCAUCUAUCUGAUAAACUGCUUCACGCAGCUCAUCGAUCUCUCAACCACAGUGUCUGAUGUCGCUGGAUACACGCACCGAAUUGGAGAACUGCGGGAAGCGAUGGCAGAAAUUGCCAAGAAACAGUAUGACCAGGAUCAGUACGAUCCACUUUCAAAGGACAUACCUUACAGUGAUCGGGAGCUUCAGAGUGUCCCAGCAGACACAGCGUUUGUGCUAGAUCGUCUCUCCUAUAAAUCACCCGUCUCAGAGGAGCUGCUGGUGAAGGAUCUGACUCUUAAAAUCAGUCAAGGAAUGCACAUGCUCGUGGUGGGAAACACGGGAACAGGGAAGACCUCCCUGCUCAGGGUACUCAACGGCUUGUGGGAACCAUGCAAUGGUUCUGUGGAGAUGACCACAUGUUUUGGACCAAGGGGUGUGCUUUUCCUGCCACAGAAAGCAUAUCUUACUGAUGGCACUCUCAGAGAGCAGGUUAUCUAUCCAUUAAAGGAUAUAUAUCCUUCCUCAGGGUCCAUAGAUGAUGAACGAAUAUUAAAAUACCUGGAACUUGUUGGUUUGUCUAAUCUUUUGACCAGAAUUGGAGGACUGGAUACAAAAGUAAACUGGAACUGGUAUGAUGUUUUAUCGCCAGGAGAAAUGCAAAGGCUUUGUUUCGCUAGACUGUUUUACCUCCAGCCCAAAUAUGCAGUACUGGAUGAGGCCACUAGCGCUCUAACGGAGGAGGCCGAGGGUCAGCUCUAUAAGGCCUGUAAACAGCUGGGAAUGACCCUCAUCAGUCUGGGUCAUCGUAGCACUCUGGAAAAGCAUCAUGAUGUCAUGCUGCGACUGUGUGGAGGUGGCCAGUGGGAGCUCACCAAACUCAAAGAGGCGUGAACUUACCAAUUAUAAUGAGAAAACAUUGGUAAGUUUUGUGGUUAAGGGGGCAUUCAUGCUUGAGACUCUAGAGAAAUAGUGUUUACGUGACAGUAUACUGUGAUUUACUGAAGUUUCUGAUACACUAAUAAUGCAGUAUCUAGAGUUUUUUUGCUACUGUUUCUGUACUUUUCAUAUAGCAAUGUUUUUUUGUUAUGCAAGUAUAUGCUGCUUUAUUCAACCUUUACUGGUUGUUUCUUGCCAAAUGGAUUUGCCAAAAAAAGGGAUUUUUGUGAUGAAGGACAUUUCAGAGUAUUAAUUUUGUAGUAAUUUUGGAUAAAGUGCCUAUGGAGUAUAUUUCAAGUAAAGUUGAGGUCAAAAGUUUACAUACACCUUGCAGAAUCUGCAAAAUGUGCAUUAUUUGACCAAAAUAGAAGGGGUCAUACAAAAUGCAUGUGUUUUAUUUUUUUUAUUUAGUACUGAUCUGAAUAAGAUAUUUCACAUAGAAGAUGUUUACAUAUAGUCCUUCUGUUCUUCAGAAAAAUCCAUCAGGUCCCACAAAUUCUGUUUUUUCAGCAUUUUUUGUGUAUUUGAACCCUUUCCAACAAUGAGGGACUCAUAUGCAACUAUUACAGAAGGUUUAAAUGUUGACUGAUGCGUAAGAAGUAAACACAAUGCAUUAAGAGCCGGGGAGUGAAAACUUUUGGAAUUUGAAGAUCAGGAUAAAUUUAACUUAUUUUGUCUUCUGGGAAACAUGUAAGUAUCUUCUGUAGCUUCUGAAGGGCAGUACUAAAUGAAAAAACAAAACAUGAUAUUUAGGCAAAAUUUAAAAAAAAGGUACACAUCUUCAUUCUGUUCAAAAGUUUACACCCCUGGCUUUUAAUGCUCUAAUAAUGUUCAAGACAAACAAGGGACUCAUGAACAACUAAAAUAAUAAAUAUUUUGCAGGUUCUGCAAGGUGUAUGUAAACUUUUGACCUGAACUGUAUAUAUUUUAUAAUAAUUAAAUAUUUUAUCAGCAUGACUGAAAUUAAACUACUAAUGUCCAAGCGAAUGUCAAAAUGGUCAUUUUGUGACCAUUGAUUGUGAUCAUGUGAUCAUUGUGAUCAUGACCAAAUCGAUCAUGAAGCUUUUAAAGGAAAGCUGUUUGCUUCAAAGGGUUUUUCUUCAGAGGUUGCAUUUGUUUAUAUCAUUCUGGAGGGGAAAAAAAUGUGUAUUUUUGUGUAAUUUCUCUGCCUGACCAGUAGAGGGCCAACAUUUUCCAGCCACAGAGCUGAAUCACAAUUCAAAUCUAUUAAUUUUGUAUGAGUUUAAUUAAACUCAGAAUUAAAAGAACUCACUCUAUUCCUAA